AUGGACGCCAUUGAUGCAUUCGCAUCGGAGUUCAAAUGGGCCGUGAGCUGGACGCGUCCACUGGCGGGUACAACAGCGUUCGUCAAAUUUGUCAACAGAGAUGGCAGACCGAUCAACGAUGUUGUGUUUUGCCAGCGUCUCCAGGAGCAAGUCGAGGUCAUGCUGGUACCAGGAAGUGGGUGGUUUGGCGGUGGAAUCAACUUUCGAGGAUACGUGCGAAUCGGCUAUGUGCAAGAGCCCCAGACAUUGCUAAAUGGACUGCAAGCCUUGCGGCAAUUCAUGCGCAAUGAUUACGAAAAGCUAUCUGUUGCGUGA